UUUCGUGACCCCUUAAGCUCAGGCCCAGCCCCCUUGCGCGAAUGGCUUUGUAAGGGUUGAUGUGUGGCACAGGGUGCUGCAGAGGGAGGGCGAGAAUAAAAGAAGCCCACCGCCCUGUGAAGAAUGGUGGGAGUGAGGUGGAAAACUCCAGACUCCUGCUAUACACAUGGCACUUAAGUGAAAAGGGGACCUUCGCAUUGUGAAUGCACCUCAAUGGCCAUGGCACCUCAUUUGUUGAAGACAAAUGCCCUUCAUAACACAAGUGUCUUGUCCCUACAAACCAAGCAGACCAAAGUCAUUAAUCAUCCAUUUUACAUGAAGAGUGGUAGUAACAGCUCCUAGAUCCGAACCUGUCUCCUCACAACUGGGUUAAUAUGAUGUGAUUUCCUGCAUUUCAUACGUUCCAAAUGUUGUGGUUCUCAGCACUCAUCUAAAAGUUUUCAUUGCUGAGUUCGGCUCCGUUCAAGCUGAAACCACAUUAAGGUCUGCUUGGGUUUCCCCAAAAUUAAGGGAGAGAUCUUUUCUGUAGUUUCAGUCUAAUGAAUAUUCAUAGGCACUCAACACAAUGCAGGCAGCCCCUAAGUCCUUGAGAAGAAGUCAGCUUGUGUUUGACUCUCAGGUCAAGGGACUCUGACAGACUGCCGCACAAAAGAGGCCUGACUCAAGAAUUCCUCAGUGUUGCUGGGCAAUGCUUUUGUCUGACGAAUUUCAGCGUCUACAUAUUCAUACCCCUUGAAGUCAUUAGUAGUCAUUCAUUCAUAGAGGCACUCCCACUUGACCCUUCGCCUUUUGUCGUGGGAACGCCGUAGGGAGGAUAGGUUGGCGAAACAUUUUUAGCAUGUUUAAGGCAACCUUAGACCUAUACCUCUCCCUCUUCUUGAACCUGGCGCUUCUGUGUAUAGCCUCGGAACCUCCAACCUGAGCUUCAAACAACCUUUUCAAGCAUACACGUUUAGCUAAAUGGGAACGGCUAACUUAGAAAACAAAACCGAGCAUACAGUUCAUUAAUAUCCGGCCUAAGUUUGCAGUGGAAGAAACAUUCAUCAUGUUGCAUUUCCCUCUCAGUCUGUGUGGUAUUAAGUUACCCGAUUCGUUUACACAGAGGGCUUUACUCCUGUCAUAAAAAUGAGUGAAGGCAAACAUCCGACUCCACGCUUCUCCUGUGACUGAAGCUCCGCCAUCACGCCGUGCCCCGCCGUGGUCCCGCCCCUCCCAGCGAGGCGUCUCCGGGGGGGGCGGAGCUACGGGCGCUCCUUUCUCAUGAAUGAGCCUCUCGCUCUCAGUGUGGAAAAGUUGGACACGCGCUCCGGAGCCACCGGCACGUCGUAAAUGCGCUCGGAGAAGUUCAAGUAAAGGAGAAAAAAUGGAUUAUCGCCGUGUACAGACCUGCUCACUCUUCCUGUAUUUAUUUAUUAACAGCAUAUUUAUUGUAACCCACUCCAAGGAGCACAUGCUGCUCGAUAUGAAGGCAUCUGGAGGAGAGCUGGGUUGGUUAACCUCACCGAGUGAAGAAGGGUGGGAGAUAGUCCAGACAGUGGUGAAUGGCUCCCUCCUCUACACCUACAGUGUGUGCAAUGUGGCCAGUGAUUCUGAACAGGACAAUUGGCUUCGGACCACCUUUAUCCAGCGUCCACUCGAAGCUGCGCGCGUCUCUGUAGAGCUACGAUUUGUCGUUCGCGACUGCAACACCUUCGGUGGCGCCACCCCCACCUGUCGGGAGACCUUUGGCCUCUACCUGUCUGAAACAGACAUGGAUGUGGGCACCAGCUUCCGCAAAGGUCAGUUCCGCAAGAUCGCCACAGUGGCUCCUGAUGAGGUUACCGCAAACCGGGGCAGCGGCCGGGCUUCUGUGCGGGAGAACGUGGAGACCAAGGUCAUCGGGCCACUUUCCAAACGGGGUUUCUACCUGGCCUUCCAAGAUAUGGGCGCAUGCGUGGCUCUCCUGGGGGUCAGGGUGUUUUACACUACCUGUCCGGCCAUCCAGCAAAACCUGGCCACCUUCCCUGAGAGGGUGACUGCUGGAGCACUGACUGAGGUGGAAGGAACCUGCGUGAAGGAUGCAGUGGUAGCUGGACAGGCGGCUCCACGCAUGUACUGCACUGCUGAAGGAGAGUGGGUGGUGCCUGUGGGGCAGUGUCACUGCAGAGCUGGUUACCAGGCUGUGGAACAGAGCUGUAGAGUAUGUCAAGCAGGCUACUACAAGUCGUCCGUUUCCAGUGAGCCAUGUCAAAUCUGCCCAGAAAACACCCAGCAUUCCGGGCAUGGGGCACUUGUGUGUCCUUGUCUGGAAGGCUUCUACCGAGCACCCAAUGACCCCAGCUCUGCCCCUUGUUCUGGUCCACCUGGCCCACCUGAAGACCUGACAUUCACUCCUCUCCUUACUGUGGGGAGCUUAAAACUGACCUGGAAACCUCCAGGCAACACUGGCGGCAGGAGUGAUGUCACCUACGACGUGAAGUGUGAACGUUGUGAUGGCGCUAUGUGUGUACCAUGUGGAUCUAGGGUGCAGUUCCAGUCUGCACACACAGCUCUACGCAACCCAGAGGUCACAGUUAGCGAGCUGGAGCCGCACGUUAACUACACAUUCACAGUGGAAGUCUUGAAUGGAGUGUCCCAGUUCAGUCGUCAGAAAGCCUCCGCUAGCAUCACGACCUUGCUGCACUUCACAGACCCUCCUAAAGUAACAUUCCUCAGGGUGGUGGACCGAACCUCUACUAGUCUGUCUCUGUCUUGGGCUGUGGAUCACCGCACGUCCUCUCUCCAUCCGCCUCACUAUGAGCUCAUGUACCGCAUGAAGGAGGAUCAGGCAGAACAGGACUUUACUACUUACACUGUUCUGAAGCUGGAGAGAAACUCUGUCCAAAUUACUGACCUCUUGCCCGGAACUAAAUAUGUGUUUCGCGUUCAAACGCUAACCCCAGAUGGCCAUCCCAGCAGUCAAAGUGCAGAGCAUGAGUUUGAGACUCUACCCUUGGCUGAGUCACAAACACAGGGCAGUUCCAUGAUUGUCAUGGGCGCUAUCGCUGGAGGCGCAGUCAUGUUGCUUAUCGUAGUGGUCAUCUUGCUACUGCACAAAAGGAGGCUGAAUUCACAUGUCCGACAGAGAUCAGGAGGCAACUACUUUGCAUGUCCAGAAAAACUGCAGCCUCUGAAGACCUAUGUGGACCCGCACACGUAUGAAGACCCCUGCACAGCUGUCCUCAAGUUUGCCAGUGAAAUUCACCCCAAUUACAUCACCAAGCAGAAAGUUAUUGGAGCAGGAGAAUUUGGCGAGGUGUUCCGUGGUCUGCUGAAGUUGCCGGGACGCAGUGAGGUUGCCGUGGCGAUAAAGACUCUGAAGCCUGGCUACACGGAGAAGCAGCGGCAGGACUUCCUGAGUGAGGCCAGCAUCAUGGGCCAGUUCUCCCACCAGAACAUCAUACGCCUGGAGGGAGUCGUCACUAAAUGUACGUGUAAACUCGUCAUCAUCACAGCUCUCUAUCUCCGAGCACCCACUCGGGCGAGUCAUUCAGCAUGUACAGAAAGUCAUGUCGCAGUGGCCGAUGACUGUUUGUCAUGUUCUAAUUGCAUUCCUCGUUUCUUUUCAGUCAAACAUGCAAUGAUCAUCACCGAGUACAUGGAGAACGGUGCUCUGGAUCAGUAUCUGAGGGACCAUGAUGGAGAGUUGUCAUCCUAUCAGUUGGUGGGCAUGCUCAAUGGCAUAGCAGCAGGGAUGAAGUAUCUCUCUGACAUGAACUAUGUGCACCGAGACCUUGCUGCACGCAACAUUCUGGUCAAUGGCAACUUGGAGUGUAAGGUGUCAGACUUUGGCCUCUCUCGAGUUCUGGAAGACUAUCCUGAAGGCACCUACACAACUAGCGGAGGAAAGAUUCCUAUUCGCUGGACGGCACCAGAAGCCAUAGCAUACAGGAAGUUCACCUCAGCUAGUGAUGUGUGGAGCUUUGGCAUAGUCAUGUGGGAGGUCAUGGCCUCUGGAGAGAGACCCUACUGGGACAUGAGUAACCAUGAGGUGAUGAAGGCCAUAAAUGAAGGCUUCAGGCUGCCGGCGCCAAUGGACUGCCCAUCUGCUAUUUACCAGCUAAUGCUGCAGUGCUGGAUGCAGGAUCGUUCUAAACGCCCACGCUUCCUUGAUAUCGUCAAUCUGCUAGACAAGCUGCUGCACAACCCUGAGUCACUUACAGCCAUCGCCAGUGUCGACCUACGAGUGUCUAUUCGUCUGCCAAGCACUAGUGGAAACGAUGGCGCCCCCUUCAGGUCUGUGGAUGAAUGGCUGGAGUCAAUGAAGAUGGGCCAGUAUAAGGAAGCCUUUGCCCAUGCUGGUAUUGCAACCAUGGAGCAGGUGUUGCACUUGAAGACUGAGGAUAUCAAGAAGAUUGGGGUGCAGUUGCCAGGUCACCAAAAAAGAAUGGCCUACAGCAUUCUGGGUCUUCAAGAGCCUGCUGGUCCUAUGGAUGUAUUUGCGGUGUGACGGCCAGAUUCACCAGAGUUGCGCUAUUCUGAACUCCAAACUAAUGAGCACUGCCGAGCUGCCUCAGACUUUAGAGGGAACUCGCAAGGAGCUGCAUGAAUCCACCCAGAAUGCUCCUCCAUCAUGAAAUGGACUUUAUUUGGGACCAGUGAAAGAAAGGACUGAAAGAAAGGACUGAUAUUUGUACUGUUAUUUUUUCAUGCUUGUUAAAAAAUUUUUAUGUGUUUUGUAUAUGUAUACAGUGCCAUGACAGACCCUCAAUUUGUACUGUCAUUUCAAAUGGUGGCCAAAUCAGAAGACCCCAUAGUGGAGUACUUGUGACGGUCUGGCCUUUUGCUGCAAGUUAUUUGUUAUUUCAGCUUGACGUUCAAUUGAGCCACCUCGAGAGUGGAUGGCUACAGUACAGCCUUGUGAUAGACCUUUAGACUUAAGGGUGUUGCAAUACUAACUCACUAUAUUUUUGAGUGGUUGAAGUAUCUUUACUUUGUUGAUAUUCUGAACAUUAAAAGCUAGCUAGAAAAUGCUUAAAAUGUUGAAACCACAUGGCCAAUUUCACUGAGAUGGAAUUGAAAGGCCUAUUCUAUAUCAUGGUGAGAGACAACGUUUACACAUCUUAUUUCAGCUCUUUUUGGGGAAUUAUUUAAUAUUUAUUGUGUGUGUUUUUUUUUUUAAUUUA